AUGUAUUUUGACGAAGAAAGUAUAGCAGAUGAUUCACCUGUCGAUGACGACUCCGAUUGUUAUGAUGAAAAUGAAAAUGAAGGAGAAGAUACAAUUGAAAAUGAACAAACAGAACUCGAAUGGAAUUGGAGUCAAAAUUUCGUUCAAGAUACAUUUUUUUCCGCCAAAGAAGUCAAGGGACACACAACCAUAACUUCUUCUAAUAACAUCAAACCCAUUGAGACUUUCAACAAGUUUUUCACACAAGAUGUUAUUGAAUUGAUCGUAAAACAAACAAAUAUACAUGGUGAACGGAAAUCUUUAGCACAAGAACAUCCUUACAAUUGGAGAAAAGUGAACGAGAAUGUUAUCCGUCCUUUCCUUGGCUUACUAAUUAUUAUGGGUUUACAUCGAUUGCCACGAAUAAGAGAUUAUUGGAGCAGGAAUAAAUUAUUUCAUACCGAUAUCGUAGCUAAUGUUAUGCCAAGAAAUGAAUUUUACCGAAUAUUUGGUGCAUUACAUUUAUCAGAUAAUGCGCAACAACAUCGAUGUGCAAGAGAUUCAAAGUUUUCGACUUCAUUUGUUUACUAA